AUGAAUCCGAGCAAGAAGCAGCGAUCCGCUGAUAAAGCGAUAGCGCAGGACUCAGUCUCCAUUGAUUCCCUUGCAGCACCACUGACUCUGCUGGGCUUCGCCCUUUUAUUGGACAGCAUGAAGCUGUACCCGGCGUCCUUUCCGGAACGGCCCCACGUCAUCGCAUCAGUUAUAAAUAGGGCACUCCCUCCCUCCGAGCAAGUGGGCCAUGUGGCAGUGUUCAAUAUAAUCCAGAAGCUCAAGACGCUAGAAGGACCGUCUGCCCUAGACGCUGCUGCGUGCUUAAAGCGUCCGUGUAUACAACAACUCGCAGCAGAGGCAGACAGCCUGCACGUCGCAAUUCCCCGCACAAAUGUCUGUCUGAGAUGCAACACACAGCUGCGCUGGGCUGACAGCCCACAGAGGCCAUUCAUCUUUCCUGAGUCCGGGAAACCAGCGCGUGGAAUCGUGCAUGACAAGGUGUGCAAAGACUGUGGGAUUCUGUUCUCUGUGGGCUUCUACACAUUACAGGCUUCCGGUGUCCGACGACCAUACCCAGCAUCAGCCGACCAUGAGCGGUGGAUCCAAGUGUCAGGCGAAACGUCGAUCAGCAAAGGGCUUAUGCGAGCACACGACCAGAACCUGUACCACAACCACGUCACGUUCGCCGGCGCAGUCAGGGCGCACAAUGACCUGUGGGGCCUCGAUCGUUUCUCAGAGGCUCCUGAAGCUGCACUCGAGACAAUGCGUUGGCGCCGUUCUCUGAGGGGCAGCCUGCACAGGGAGAUUUUCGAAAGAACUUACCUCCAGUACUGGGCAAUCAGGUUCUGUCAAGACGGUUGCCCUUCCCUGCUAGAUGAAAUUGAUCUUCGCUGGCCCGUUGACCGCAUCCUUAGUCUCCUCAAUGACCCGAUCUGGUGCCAGCUGAGAGACGAGGCCCUCGCACACAGCAAGCAGUGUAAGGAUCCGCUCUGCGGCCAGUACGAUCAUCUAGACGGCAAUGCAAAGGUGUUUAGGGACUGCUGUCGGCAGAAGGACGUUGAGCAGUUCACCACUGCCAUUGGCAGGGUUGUCAAAGGCUGUCCUAGCACGCCGGUCAAAGGGAAGAAGCUGUGUCAAGCGCACCUAGCAGCAGUCCACCUAGCUGAGCCAAACAGCGCAGGCGCGUCCGAUGCGGCGGAGGGAGAGGCUGAGAGCACCGGGGCUGAGAUAAAUCUGAUGACCGACAGCGAUGACGAGCCUGAUGAGCUAGACUUAGAAGAGACGCAGCCAGAGCAGCGCCAGAAAGAAACUGUCAGUGCUGCACGCGCAGCACCAGCAGGGCAGGCGUGGGACACAGAGACGGCGCCGGUGGCACUCCGCACGCGUGGAAAGCAGCGAGUCUUGCAGCAAGAUGACAUCUACGAGGUGGAGCGCAUCGAGAUGCACCGCAUCAAGAACGGGGUACCCAUCUACCUCGUCAAAUGGAAGGGCUACCCUUCUACGGAGAACACUUGGGAAACCGAAGAAAACUUAACUGCGGUUACGAGAGACGUCCUCGAUGAAUACUUGAAUUCGCAGCCCCAAGGUGAUUUCUACACGAGGGACCGCAAGGACCUGGAACCUGACCCCGCUCCAGUGGACGACGCCACAGGCAGCGCGCCGACAAAGUCGAAGAAGGCGGUAGCAUGCACCCCCCGUACAGCGUCUGACGGGCGCGGGGUUACGGCUGGUACGGUGGUGGCUUUCUGGGUGUGCGGAUACAUGUUCCCUCCAUUGGAGCUCAUCUUGUCAGAAUCGACGACAAUGGUGCAUCAUUACUUCCUACAGCUGUUUGCGUUCGCAAAGAUGCCACGCUUUGUCGGGAUGGACGACAUGUGCCACUGGGCACGUUUCGCAGCCAGUGGUGACCGACCGACGCUUUGCGCAAAAACAAGGGAGUUCGUCCAGAACGUCACCAAAGUCGUCGACAAGUUUCACUUCAAGAAAAACCAUGUCGGGAGAUAG